UAUGACUCCGUGUUGUUAGCGUUGCCAAAAAACGCACGCGGCCACAUGACAUCAUAACCGCACAUGCGCCGUAGCGGGGUCUCCUGUUCUUUAAUGGCGGCGUAUGGAAUCUGGUGUGCCUGCUGUCCUGUUUUCUCCGUCAUGUUUCCGCGCUGUUACCCCUCGUCCACACCUCACAGUUUGCCUCAGUGAAGAGGUAACAUCAGAGAAACAUUUGUGACAGGGAAGACUGCUCUCGCUGAGAUACCCCGCCAGUUAUCGAACCCAGUUCGUUCCACGUGGUGGACGACCGGCCAACUUUCCUUCCCAGAUCGUACGUACCGCACCACUUUCUCAGUCGUGCAGUCGGGUUCACAGGUCAGUUUGAAGAGUCCGUGUUUUUGCCACGCAGGAGAAACACGCCCGAGAAGCGGACGGUUCUAGUUUUUGUCCGCUAGUGGCAGAUUCGUGGACGUAGUACCGUGUGUUGGCAGCCGUUUCCGACAACAACAGCGGCCGCCCCGCGAGGGUCGAAGGAACGUGGCCGUUGCACGUUGUACGUGCUGACGUGCCAGAGGUUCCAUAUUGAAAGUUCUUUUGGAUUUUCCACCGUCCAUACGGCAAGGACACCAUCAGAACAUUCAACCGUCUCGUACAUCUGCUUACACCCGAACCCGACAUUAUAAGGAGGUGAUCGGCGAGCAGCUGGGAAAGGUUUUUAAGCGUAUAUUGCUGAUUUAUUUGUAAUAUCAGCGUAUCAGGAUAUGGCGGCUGAAGUGGCCAACCAGCCAGCGUUCAGCGGUCCUCAACAGACUAGAGAGCCCGUUUCUCCUAGAAAUGUGCAAGAGGGCGGUCAGGGAGACACAACAAACAGUACUAGGACUCGUUCAGAAUCUCUGGAAACGGAGAGAAGACAGCCAGCGUCCCCGGGACCCGCACAAGCCGAGGGAGAAACGGACAGAGAACAGGAUGCAAACUCAGCAGACACAAAGGUCGAAGUAUCUAAACCUAAGGAGAUCGUAGCGGCUCCACCACCAAAAGUCAACCCAUGGACGAAAAACAGGACAUCAGAAAAACAGCAACAGCCAGCGCCUAAACAGCCACAGAAAACUCCUGGAGCUCCAGUUGUACACAAAACGCCGCCUAAGCCAAUGGUAGUCAAAGCAGCCAACAGCAAGUCUGAAAAGGCCAGUGACUUUACUGACAUCACCAACUGGCCCACUCCUGGAGAGCUGUGCCAACAAACCACACCUAAGGAGAAAGUGGAGAAAGACAAGGAAGUGGCAACUGCUAUGUCUCCUGUGUCAAAGAAGCCAGAGAAGGACAACACCAGCGAUGACUCGCUGAAGGAGAACAAACACAACGGUACUGCAGACGACAAUCCUGACAUCAGGACACCGCCCAAACGGAAAGGAAACAAGCAGAAGUGGACCCCUUUGCCUCUAGAAGAGCCCAAGAAUGAGUCUAGGAUAUCCAAAGCCCGCCGAGCCCGGGAGCGCGAGAAGGAAAGGGAUGAUAGUGAGUCAGGCCGCAGCCGAGAGAGACCGCCACGGGGAGGAAGGGAUCGCAAAAAGGAGAAGGACGGGGGCCGGAGGGACAUCAGUCCUGAUAGAGCCAGCAACUCCAGCUGGCGAUCGGAGGGCCCGGGAAGCGGCGAGGGCGGUUAUGGGCGCGGCUAUCGGGGAUCCAGGAGAGGGCGUGGCAGGGGAAGGGGAGGGCGAGGCCGAUAUGGCAGUAGCAGGGCCUAUGAGUAUGUGUACGAGGACCCGAGUGCAGAGUUUGUGGACCCCUCCGCCCAGUCUGGCCAGUUCUUCUACAACAGUGACUACAACUUCAUGCCCAUAGAUGAGACUGUGUUGAAGGACUAUAUCAGGAAACAAGUGGAGUAUUAUUUCAGCCCAGAGAACCUGGCAAGGGACUUCUUCUUACGUAGAAAGAUGGAUGAACAAGGGUGGAUCUCCCUCAGUCUGAUUGCCAGCUUCUACAGAGUACAGGCCCUCACCACGGACCUGGGGCUUAUUCUGCAGGCCAUAAAGGACAGUGAGGAACUGGACAUGGAGAAUGACGAGAAAGUUCGCACCAAGGUGGACCCGGAGAAGUGGCCCAUCGCUGGCCCGCCCAUCCCGUACACACCAGGAAAGAUCAGCGGGAACGUCGAUCUCACAGCUCUCGUGGACGCUCCAGUGUUCGUUCCCGGCAAGCCGUAUGUUGCAGGCCAAUCGUACCAUGAACCCAUCAAAGAUUAUGAGCCCACCUCCCCUCAGCAGGCUGAUGAUCAGGGGCGUUACGGGCGGGAGGCCAUGUUAGCUAACCUGACGGUCAGUCGUGGACUGUCCACAAGCCUACCAGACCUGGACAGGGAACUGGAACUGGACAACUGGACAACCGUUACCGCCAAGAAGCAACGACACCCCACCCCCUCCAAACCAAAGACUGAGCAGAGGACAAAGGAGGAGUUUGGAGGGGAUCAGGAGGAGCUGGACUUCCUGUUUGAUGAAGAGAUGGAGAAGCUGGAUGGCAGGAAAAACACCUUCUCAGAGGAUCUAACGGAUGACUCUGACUACGAGAUGAGCGACCACGAGGUCAACAAGAUCCUGAUCGUGACCCAGACCCCGCCCUACCUGAAGAAACACCCCGGCGGUGACAGGACCGGCAAUCACGAGUCACGUGCCAAGAUUUCCUCCGAGCUUGCAAAGGUCAUCAACGAUGGCCUGUACUACUAUGAGGAGGACCUUUGGACUGAGCAUGACUAUGAGGAACUGAAGGUAUGGAACAAGCAAGAGUUUACUGGUUACAAGAAGGUGGAUGUGAUAACAAAGGAGGAGUUUGAGCAGAUGGCACCUGGGAAGCCGGCAGUGACGCACCAGAAGGUGCCGCCACCCCCGCCCAUCCCAGCAACCCCUGCAGACUCCAAACCUGCAGACACCGCAGCGCCAGCAGAACCGAUCCCCCAGCCUGCUGUGAUCCCGAAGACCAACACCCAGGCAGGAGCGCAGCUGUCCCAGUCCCUGCCGACCAACAUCCCCGACACCCCGCAGUGGACCCCGCGUGGGUCCCGCACACCCAGGAGAAAAGACCCACGCAGAUCACCCCGCUUCUACCCUGUCAUCAAGGAUGGCAAGAAGCCCGACACCUCAACUCCACGGAAGCGCAAGACCAAGUACAGCGCGAACCCCCCCAUGGAGAGCCACGUGGGGUGGAUAAUGGAUGUGAGGGAGCAUAGGCCACGCACCACAUCUACGAGUAGCCUGAGUAGUAUGAGCCCCUCCGAAGGGGCCCCUGCCACCAGCUAUGGUACGCCCCAGUCCAUCCCCAAGUUCCAGCACCCCUCUCACGAGCUGCUGAAGGAGAGUGGUUUCACCCAGCAGGUCUACCACAAGUACCACGCACGUUGUCUCAGAGAGCGUAAGAGACUCGGCGUGGGCCAGUCGCAGGAGAUGAACACCUUGUUCCGUUUCUGGUCCUUCUUCCUUCGGGAGCACUUCAACCGCAAAAUGUACGAGGAGUUCAAGAGACUGGCACUGGAGGACGGCAAGGAGGGCUACAGGUAUGGGCUGGAAUGCCUGUUCAGGUUCUUCAGUUACGGACUGGAGAAGAAAUUCCGCUCAGAAAUCUUCAAGGACUUCCAGGAUGAGACGUUGAGAGACUUUGAGUCUGGCCAGCUGUAUGGUAUGGAGAAGUUCUGGGCCUUCCUGAAGUACUCCAAACAGCGAGACCUGCAGGUCCACCCCAAGCUGAAGGAGGCCCUGAAGCCAUACAAGAGACUGGAGGACUUCAGAGUAGAUCCUCCCCAUCACCAUGACGACGAGGCAAAGAAGUCCAGCGAGGCGUCGGGGACCAGCCCUUCCCAUGGUGCCUCAGGAUCUGGGACCACGGCCAGGAAAGGUGCAGGUGGAGAGGAGGGCUCCAGGAAGGACAGUCAGCAAUAACACACUCAGGAACAUACUACGCAAAAUUCAAACACUUCCGUUUUGGAACCCAGAGUGCAAAAUAACCCCAGGACACCAGCCUACGAGACUGCCGGAUGGGUGGUACAGAGACAGAAGGGAUAUUUUGUGCUCUACGUUCCAGACACAAGAUGUGCAGUUUCAGGCAUACCCAGAAGCAGAGGAGCCCCUGUGGAUGUCACCCUUGCCCUUUUGAGCUUACAAAGGCCGUCGCAUGUUUGCUACAGGGGUAUGUGCCGCUUCGCCACAACAGCUUUACCCACAGGUCUGGGACCCGUUUUAGUUUGAUUUGUUGAAG